AUGCCUACCGUCGAUAAUGACAUCGCAGGCAAGCUUGCCCUGGUCACGGGAGCUUCUGGAGGCAUCGGAGCCGCUUGUGCCAAAGCGCUAUAUCUUCAAAGCGUCAAUCUCGUCUUAACAUACUCCACCAACCGAGACAAGAUUAUUGCACUCCAAGAAGAACUCCAGGGGCUUACCGUCCUCCCAAACGCGCUCAGUCCAUCCAUCUCCACGCACAGAGUUGAUGUGGCAUCAGCCGAAGAGAUCCAGCGGCUCUUCGACGACAUCCAACAUCUGUACGGCAAAGGCCCGGAUAUUCUAAUCUCCAACGCCGGCUAUGGCAAGCGCAUCCGAGAUAUCGCUGACAUAUCCAUCGACGAGUUCGACUACACCCUCAACGUCAACCUGCGGCCGUCAUUCAUCCUCUCUAAGCUGAGCCUCCCGCACAUGAUCACCUACGGGUGGGGCCGCAUCAUCUUUGUAUCGUCGCUGGCGGCACACGGGGGCGGCAUCAACGGGUGCCACUAUGCGGCCAGCAAGGCGGGGCUACAUGGCCUAAUGAAAAGUCUCGCGACGAAGCAUGCGAAGGACGGCAUCACGGUUAAUGAUGUGGCUCCUGCCAUGAUUGGGGAGACGGGACUCAUCCCGGACGAGAAGGUCCUCGAGGGGACGGCGGGGGAUGUGCGGAAUAUUCCUGUGGGGAGGUUGGGGACCCCGAAGGAGGUGGCAAAUGUUGUGAUGAUGUUCUGCCAGACGGGGUAUUUGACUGGGCAAACUUUGAUGUCGAGGAACUGGUGUACCUAG